CGGUUCUCCCUCCCUCUCUUCCCCCCAACCCGUACUCGCAUCGCGCCGCCGCCGCCGGGCCACCGCAGCGAUGGGCGACUACGGCAACGCGAUGAUGCGGGGCAACCCGGACGGCGGCGUGCAGGGCCGCCCCAAGGGGGUGGCCCGCGCCAACGUCCAGCAGCUCAAGCUCAUGGGACAGGGCCACCCGACGGGGCUCACGCCGAACCUGCUCAAGCUGUUCGAGGCUCGGCCGCCGCUGGAGCACAAGCCGCCCGUCGAGAAGCGCAAGCUGCCGGCCUACACAGGGAUGGCGCAAUUUGUGUCGCGGUUUGCAGAGCCUGGGGAUCAGGAGUACGCCCCUCCUGUCCCCACUUGCGAGACUAGGGCUGAAAAGAAGGAUAGAAUCCAGAAAUUUAAGCUUGAGCAGGGUGCAGCUAAGGUUGCUGAAGAUCUUCUGAAGUAUGACCCACAGAGUGACCCCAAUACCACUGGAGAUCCAUACAAAACGCUAUUUGUUGCAAGACUUAAUUAUGAGACGUCUGAAAGUAGGGUUAAGCGGGAGUUCGAAGCUUAUGGGCCUAUUAAAAGGGUACGGCUUGUAACUGACAAGGAAACAAAUAAACCUAGGGGAUAUGCAUUCAUAGAGUAUAUGCAUACUCGGGAUAUGAAAAAUGCUUACAAGCAAGCAGAUGGGAGAAAAGUAGACAACAAGAGGGUACUAGUUGAUGUGGAACGUGGUAGAACUGUUCCAAAUUGGCGUCCCAGGAGAUUAGGUGGUGGACUUGGAUCAAGCAGAAUUAGUGGUCAAAAUGCUGACCAGAAGCCCUCUGCUAGGGAACAACCAAGUGCUGGGCGCCCCAGAUCAGAGGAGCCUAAGAGGGAUGAUCGUCGUGUAGAUCGGGAUCGGGAGAAGUCUCGUGAAAGGGUACGCGAAAGAGAUCGAGAUGAGAAACCCCGUGAGCGCUCCCAUGACCGGACUCGUGAACGUGAUCCAAGAGAAGAGAGGCACCACCAUAGAGAUCGGGACAGGACUCGGGACAGGGACCGAGGAAGGGAUCGGGAAAAGGACCAUGGGCGUGACCGUGAUCGUCGUGAUAGAGAUAGAGACAGGGAUCGUGGUCGGGAUCAUGAUAGAGAAAAGGACCGUGGCCGCUCUCAUGACCGCCACCGUGAGAGAGGCAGGGACCGUGAGAGAGAUCAUGAGCGUCCAAGUCAUGAACGUGAACGCAGUCACUUGCAUGAGAGGGAUGCUGAUUAUGCCAAUGGUGAGCCAAAACAUGAUAGAAAGUUGUCUGAUUAUGGCCAAGAUUAUGGCUACAAUCAGCAUGAGCAACACAGAAGUCACGAGGCAUAUACUUAUGGUCAAGAUGGACGUGGGCAUGAAACAGAGCGCUCAAAGCGACAUGAGCAUGAGUACUAUCAGGCACAACCCAACACAGAACCUGAAGGCCCAGAGGAAGGCGAGGCAUAUGAGGAAGGAGACUACCAGUAUCAUCAAGCAGCAGAAGAGACAUGACUGAAAUUUGAUCACUGCAACGCUUAGUUGUUCUUGUGGGUGGGCUUCGAUAUUGGCUAAGGAACCAGAAAGCAUGUUUCCUUGGCUUGUGCUUCAGCUGUGCUUCUCCAAGCUGGAUAUCUGAUGCCUCUGGCUGUCUUUUGAACAUGUUAUGAGUAUACUGGUUGUCGGAAGUUGUACUCCAUUUCAGUUUUUGUAUGACAAAUGAUGCCUAUUGUUGUGGGUUUUGGUUUAUCACUGCAAGUACUCCACCCGUGAAUUUUUCUUCUUUUGAACUUAAAAGAACUAUGGCGUUCUGUUGGUGUACAAUUUGUUUAAGCAAUCUUCUUGAGAACGGCU